CGAGGCCACACCGUGAAACGAUUCCACGUGCGACACAGCGUGUCGACGCGUAUACAUACAUAACGGCUUGCCUUGGCCACGACACGGCUUUCUGGUUUCCGUAUUGGAGAAGGACUCACGUGUCUCACUUGCUAUCCAUCACCGUGUGUGCGUGUUCAUCUGCCUUCUGUCACAGGUAGCGAUACAAUUAGCCGGUGGCAGCGUCGAAGCGAAAGCAACCAGUAGUAGCUGCUCGUCAUCGGGACACGCGACAGUUCACGAAGAGUCAUCCAGCUGAAGGAUCAUCGAUAUCGGUCCCCUGGAUCCCAGAACGAUUCACAUCGAAAAAAUGACGCGAAUGCUGCUCCACGAGCCCGGAUGGAAGAUCGAACGGAAAGGCUCGGCUCUGCUGAUGCGACGGGACAGCACCCAUACGAAGACGACCCGCGUUUGUUUCCGUUGCGACGUGGAGGUCCGCGAGUUCGAGCGUGACGAGGAUUACACAGUCGAAACGGAACCGGAGGCAGCUGCCAGUCCGCUGGCGAUGUGCGCCAGUUGUUUGGCGGCCCUUUGCGUCACCGUGAUCCUACCAUGGCUGUUGAUCGGCGGUUAAAACACCGGCCCUGAGGACGUGUAGCGAUCUACGGGGGAAAUGGACUAUCUACAAAAUACCUUCGAUCUAAGGAAGAAAUCGUACGAAGAGAGCAUCGUCGAACAAUACUUCUGCGCGUUGGGAAGAGAGAAGCUAUAGAUCGUUGUGAUGGUUUGCUCGGAGGACCGC